CGGCCCCAGACCUGGAUCCGGACCCUGAUCCCAGUCAGCGUCUCGUUCAAGAAGAGCAGUAUGUGAGCGAGGGUGAAUGUAGCCAGCUCGAUACACACCCGGCGCCACCUCAGUGCAGGGAUGCUGAGACUGCUAUGUGCCGACAGAGUGGGCCAAAUGACGAAGACUUACAAUGACAUCGACGCUGUCACACGCUUGUUGGAGGAGAAAGAGAGAGAUCUGGAGCUGGCUGCCAAGAUCGGCCAGUCGCUGCUGAAGAAGAACCGGACUCUGACGGAGCAGAACGACUACCUGGAGGAGCAAGUGGGGCAGAUCACAGAGGAGGUGGCCCAGCUGCACCACGAGCUCAACCUGAAGGACGAGCUGCUGCAGUUUUACACCAACGCAGCGGAGGAGGGCGACGACGAGGCCGGCAGCUCCCCAACGGGGAAGAAGAGUAAAGCAGAAACUGGAGGCUUCAUGAGCGGCACGCUUCAGAGGAAACUCAAAGAGCUGGAGGAGGAGAACUUGUCGCUCCGCUCCGAGGCGGACCAUCUAAAAACAGAGACUGAAACCUACGAAGAGAAGGAGCAGCAGCUCGUCAGCGACUGCGUGAAAGAACUCAGGCUGUCCAGCCUGCAGAUCUCAGCCAUAGCAGAGGAGUUGGCUCGGAAGACCGAGGACGCCUCCCGGCAGCAAGAGGAGGUCACCCGCCUCCUCUCUCAGAUUGUAGACCUGCAAAAGAAAGCCAAAUCUCUGGCCGUAGAAAAUGAAGAGCUCGCUCAACACCUCGUGGCAGCGAAGGACGCCCAGAGGCAGCUGACAGCAGAGCUGCAGGAGCUGGGGGAGAAAUAUGCGGAGUGUAUCGAGAUGCUGCACGAAGCUCAGCAGGAGCUGAAGAACCUGAGGAACAGGAACUACGCAGCUGGGACCCCUCGACGGUACCACCCGUUGGGACUGUACCCCAUGGACUCUCUGGCAGCUGAGAUCGAGGGAACGAUGAGGAAGGAGAUGAGCCUGGACGAUCCCGAGUGCGAGGAACAAAAGGUUCACCGUAAGCGUGUGUUUGAGACGGUGAAGAGCGUUAACAAGACGGUCCGUCAGCGCUCCCUGACCCCGACCAGCUCCAACAUCCCGGGCUCCAACCAGUCCCUGUCGGCUCGGACCUCGCCUCAGUCCAGCGGCCUCUCCUCGCCCCACUCAGCCAUCUAUGGAGACUUCAGCGGAGAAGGCGUUCCUUUCGACAACCGGACGCAGAGCAUCCUGAUGGAGGACAGGUUCACGUUUUGUGUCGUUUCGAACAACAGUUUGGACUCCAGAGAGAAAAAGGCGAGCGGGGUUGAGGACCUACGGCUGGCCCUGCGCCGCCUGUCUCUGCGGCGGCAAAACAACCUGAGCGAGAGGCGCUUCUUUGAGGAGGAGAGGGAGCGACGGCGAGGAGGACAAGACGCCCUUGGACAGGAGAGCGUGUUCACCCCGUCCGACAGCAUCAUGUCCCUCGGAAACCUGCACCUGUGGACCUCGCGAGGGCCCUACCUCCCUGACAAACUCCAGAUCGUCAAGCCGCUUGAAGGCUCGGCCAUCCUGCACCAGUGGCAGCAGUUAGCGCAGCCUCACCUGGGGGUGAUCCUGGACGCCAGGCCAGGCGUGGUGCCAAAAGGCUACAGGCCCCUCGAGCUGGAGCUCGAGCAGGUGUACCCGUGGGGCGGUUUCGAGGAGGAUGAACCUGGAGAGCAGUACUUCCAGAACCUGCCCACCUCCUCAGCUAUUGCCUCUCCAGCUGUGGUCCCCGCCUCCAACGCAGGUGUAGCCCACCUGGGGCGGCCUGCGGCCUGCCUCGCUCCACCCUCGCCGCCCUCUCCGUCACCGUCACCACAUCUUAGCAACACUGAUGGAAUGGCUGCGUACUUCCCUGGUAAAUGCAUGGCCCACACCAGCUCCACCUACACCUUUACAACCUGCCGGAUCCUCCACCCAACAGAUGAGCAGACACGGGUCACGCCCAGUUUAAACCCAGUCCCUGCGUCGUCCUCCUGUGUAAUGACCAGCAGUCUGUUGGGUACUCCUGCUGCGACUCCGUGCACGCCUCGCAGGCUCAGUCUCAGGCCCUCUGAGUCCUCAACCAACCUCAGAGAUGGAACACGCACCACCAGCACCUCCCUGGGGUUAGUGCGCCUCCUCCAGGAGAGAGGUAUCUCAGCAGCCAUGUAUCACCACAGCCAGGGCCUCGAACACAAUCAAGGCAGUGGAGGAGUCCUGCUCAGCACCUCCAUAGCCCCAAACCUAUCCCAUCCUGACCCUCUGCGCCCACCUACACCUCCAAACUCUCCCACAAGGCCAGGAGCCUCAGCUGUGCCAACCUCCGCAGGCUUCGACUUCAAGAGCCCGUCCUAUGACAACUUCCUGGCCUCCAAACCAGCGCGCUCCAUUCUGAAGGAAGUGACGAGGAUGAGAGGCAGACAGAGAGGGAGGGACUGCGAAAGCCAAACAGACGUUAGCGUGACCAUCCACAACCUCAACCUGCUGGACAAGGUGAAGCGGCUGGGUGUGGCUGGAGCUCCAAGGGGCAGGGCUGGGAGUUCAGGUCCCAUCCUGGGGCCUUUAGGUGGCCUGCACAGGUCUGGCUCUCCUUUUGGGCCGGAUGGAAUGAGGAGGAACCGGAGUUACCCAGCCAUGGUUGGAGCCAGCAUGGCCAUGAAAGCCCCAGGGCCCCAGGAGUAGUCUGGACUACUGCUGGACAUGAGGGGACCUAAAGA